CGCUCCCAGAUCCUCCUCCUCAGUUGCACAGGCGACAGCGAGAAAGGGGAAUUUUUCGACCUAGGGUUUUAGACAGCCGCAUCUCUGAGAGAGAGAGAAGCGAUGGGUGCGGCUAGCGACGAUACGGCGGCUGCUGCUGCGGCGGCGGCGACGGCAGCGGAGGUCGGCCCCUCUGCCGCCGCGGGGGAGGCGGGGGCGGACUCCAAGGACCUGCAACAGCAGAGCAAGGCGCUGGACAAGCUCACCGACCACGUCGAGGAUCGCCAGCUCGACUCCUCCCGCGUCCAAUCCGCCAUGGCAGCUCUUGCUUCAUCUAAAGAGGCUGAUUGGAAUGCAAUGAGACUGAGGGAGAAAGAAUUAGCUGCUGUCAAGAUCAACCCUACUGAUGUUGAAAUUAUUGCCAAUGAGCUUGAGUUGGACAAGAAAAUUGCAGAGAGGACCCUCAGAGAGCACAAAGGCGAUGCUGUAGCUGCAGUUCGGUUCUUGCUUCGCUAGUUCUCACACAUUUUGCUAGCAUGCGAAUGGUUUCCUUCAAUCGAUAGACCAUGUGAAUCCGCUGUACGUUGCGGUUCCUCCUGUUGAGGGUAACUGUCUGUAUCACAAUGAGAGGAUUAUGUUUUGCAUCCAUGCAGGAUUUAUCUUCCAAUGAUCCUGGAAAUUGGCUUUCGUUAUCCCUAAAACCUGAAAAAAUAUUCAGGAGUUCAUUUACUCUAAAGAAAUCCUGAUACUCUUUCCAUUGGAACAAAAAAUAGCUGGAAACCUGAAUAGUUGGAUUAUAAUAUAACUCCCCAAAUCUGAUAA